AUGAAGAUUAUAUUUUUUUUAAUAGGAAUUAUCGGAGAUGUUCAACCAUCGAUUAUUUUAGCAAAUGAAUUAAAUAAAAGAGGUCAUAAAAUUUUAAUAGUUUGUGAAGAAAAUACAAAAUUUUUAACAGACCAUUAUAAAUUAGAAAAUAAUAUUUUAAAAUGUCAUAUAAAUGAUAAAAAUAAAAUUAAAAAACAAACCAAUAAUAAUAAUAAUAAUUAUAUUUUAUAUAAAAAAAGUUCAAUUGAAAAUGAUGAUAAUUAUCAUCAAAGAUUAAAUCAAUUUUAUUUAUCAUCAAUUGGAUAUGAUUUAGUAAUUUGUAAUUAUUAUUGCAUCACAGAAGCAUUAUGUAUUCGUGAUAAAAGUGGUAUUCCAUUUAUACCAUUAAUUGGUACACCAAUUUUAAAAACUGCCCUAUUCCCUCAUAUUCAUUUUAGUGAUCAAAAUUUAUCAAUACCUGCAUUAAAUAAAUUAACUUAUAAUAGGGAAUAUUUAAAUCAUUCUAAAAAUGAAAUUGAAAGAGUAGAUAAAUGGAGAAAAGAAUAUUUGCAAUUGGAUGGUUUAAAAGAUAACUUUUUCGAAAAAAUUUUAUUUGAUCCAAAUGUUAAUAUAAUUAAUACAUUUGAUCAAUUAAUUUUACCAGGUGGUAAUGGUAUUCCUCAUGAUUAUUUAGAUAAAUGGAAUGUGGUUGGUUUCAUUAAUAAUCAAGAGCCAAGAAUAAUUGAUAGUAAUAGUGAAAAAUUAUUAAAUUUUUUAAAUAUUGAAACAAUUAGUAAUGGUUGUAUCAUUGUUGAUACAAAUUCAAAAUAUCAAGAUAAAAAAGAUUUACCAAUAAUUUUCGAAUUUCAUUAUGAUGAAAAUAGUGAUAACACUGAUAAUACUGACGAUGGUCAUCAUAAUCAUCAUCAUCAUCAUCAUCAUCAUCAUCAUCAUCAUCAUCAUCAUCAUCAUCAUCAUCAUCAAGAAAUAAUACCAAUUUUAAAAUAUACAAUUGAAAAAUUUGGUAAUAAUCAAAAAUGGAUAAUUUUAAAUAGUAGUGGUAGUGGUAGUAAUGGUAAUAAUCAAAAUGAAAUUAGUUUAGAAAAUGUUAUAAAUAUUAAUAAUUUUAAAAAUGAUUAUCAAUGGAUUUAUAAGUAUUGUUCAUUGUCAAUUUCAUAUGGUGGUAAUAUGAAUUCAAUAUCUGGAGUGUUGAAAUCAUCGCUACCAUCAAUUAUAACUUCAUUAUCAUUUGAUCAAUCAACAUGGGCUAAAAGGAUUGAAUCAAUGGGUAUUGGUAUUGGAUUAAAAUCAUCAACUUUAAAAAAAGAUGAUUUAUUUAAUUCAAUUUUAUCAAUUAAAGAGAAUUAUGAAAAAAUUAAAAAUCGUUGUACUGAUAUCUCUAAUCAAUUAUCAAAUGAUUCAAUAGAGAAAUCAAUCACUUUAAUUGAAAAUAAGAAAUCAUUUUCACAACAAUAUCAACAACGCCAUCAACAACAAAAACAACAAGAACAACAAUUAAAACAAUAUUUACAAAAACAACGUAAAAUAAGAAUUUAA